ACCGCUACUUUUGUGCACUCUCAACGACUCUUCAAUUUUGAUCUUCUUGGUCUUUGUCCAACUAUCAUUUUAAAUGCACAAAAGAAGGACCCAACAACAUUAACCCCAGAAAAAACAACAACAACAACACACUACGUUAAGAAAACAAGACAAUAAGAAGAAUGGAUUAUCAAUCUUUUGGAAGGGCCCAGAGACCAAAAGGGGCUAUCAUAAAACAGGUAUUGAAGGCGAUGCUAGUUUUGGCUGUUUGUGCCUGGUUGUUAUAUCAGAUCAAACACUCAAGGAGUAAUACAGAGAACUAUAGAGGUCAAACCAAGCUUGAUGGAGCAUAUGGAACUGUAUCGUUGGGGCGCAAAGGUUCAAGUAGUGGCAGGGAUGAUGAGCCCUAUGGAGCCAAUAAAGAUAAGGCUGAAGAAGAAUUUGGACACGUCAAUGAGAAAUUCAGGACAAGAGAAGGAAAAGAAGUAGAACUUGAACAAGAAAGUCAAUCUAAGGUAUCAUCCAUGAAUAAACACCACGGUUUGUCCAAAAGAGAAUCUGGAAAGGUUGAUAUAGAAUCAUGGAAAAGUAAGUCAGGUCUCAAAGGGCAUGGCAAUGAGAAAAACCCAACGAGACCAAUAAUGAUUGAUUCUAAAAGUAAUGACAUAGCGAAAGAAGUGCAACAGAUUAGAAAGAAUGCUAAACCAUAUUUCUCAGCAAAGGAGAAUGAUGAGGAUGAAGAUCCCAUGAUUAGAGAAAAGGAAAUCAUGAUGCAGAAAAAUGUGGUGGAGAGAUCCACAAAUGCUGAUAUGACAGAGGAAAUAGAUGAGCUGGUCCAAAGCUUUCAUGAUGAAAACGGUGUUCCACCUGAUGCUAAUGAAACUGAAAUAGUGUUUGGUCAGGCUCGUGUCAUGAAUGAAGAAAACAUUUCAAAUGUUAGUAAGGGAAGUUGGCUUAGAAAAAGCAUUCAAGAAGUCACAUAUGCAGAAUAUAACCAUGUUGAAGUGAAUUCAGAAGUAUCAGAGAAUGAUGAGACAGUUGGUGAAGAAAUUAAUACUUCAGACAUCAAACGAAAUUCAGAAAUCGGUGAAGGAGAUAGUUGAGUUUUAUAGGAUUAUGUUUCUCAUCGUUGUAAACAAGAGUUCAUAAAUGUCAUUUAUCAUUACAAAAAGAAUAAGAAAGCUGAAAGGAAAAAGUCUUAAGCAGUAGAGGAUGUCAAUUUUCUUUAAUUCAUGAGUUGUAUGAUGUAAUUAUCCAUAGGAAUAACGUUACAAUUUUUUUUACUUCAAGAGAUCACUAGCUGCACAAUUAUAUGGAGGGUUCUCAUUUCAAUUUGCAGCGUCUUUUUUCUUGGACUUGAAAACCUGUAUCGGCUACGAUCAACAUAAUUGUUAUGGAUGACAUUUA